AUGGAUGUCCUGUGCCAACUCAAGCUCGCGCUCGUCACAGCCCUCGCUCAUCUGGGCCUUCUCAAACCACAUGAUCGAGAGGAACGAGAAGAAGAAGAAGGAGAAGAAGGAGAGGAAGGAGAAGUUAUCCCCGACCCCAUUAUCAUAAUGAACGGCUCAUCGCCGUCGUUCGUCCAAGUCCCGGUCCAGACCCUGAUGGCCAUGAUCAAGAGCCGACUCCCCGUCGUCGAGUACGCGACGUUCCAAGAGAGGCGUGGCCGUGAAGGAGAGGGCGGAGGAGGAUGCGCGGUGUGCCUGAGCAGCAUCGAGGGGAGGGACGAGGUCAGGGAGCUGAGCAGCUGCUCGCACGCGUUCCACAGGGAGUGCUUGGAUCGAUGGGUGGACUACAAGCAGGUGACUUGUCCCGUCUGUCGGUCUCUGCUCUUGCCUUCAAAAUGGGAGAGAACAGUAAUUCCUCGUUUUCCCGGGGAUGAAGAUGAUGGAAUUUGA